UACGUUAACAUGCAUGCACGCCACGCGCACCAUCGGUACCAAAAUUCUCCGGCGAUGUCUUGCAAGUAAUUCGCCGGCGAUUCCCUCGUUGAUUGCGAUUAAAAAAUAGACUUUGGUGUGGCCAUCAGCAUGAGAGUCAAAAGGGACAGGGAGGCCGUGUUCACCAAUUUGUCGAGGCCUGUGGUUGCCUCUCGCCGGCCUUGACUGGAAAGUUUGGGAAUGGCACACCAAAGAUAAUUUCAAAAAAAUUGUUUGCCUGAUACUGUAUCUCAGUUGUGCAAUAUAAACUAUUUUCAUGUGACACUUCAGCACUUGUACAUUAGGGUCAUUGAACAAUUCUAGAAGCUCAUUAAAUGAGCCAAUCAGCCUGGAAUUACUUAUAUGUCAUUGACACCAACCUGUCAUAAAAUUGCUCUUAAAAGAUGAGGUCAAGAAACAUUAAAGUUCAAGUUAAGAUCUGAUCCAAGAAAGUUAUAUACUUCCAACAAGUCGACUCGCACUAGCUGUAACUCACUGUAACUUUGACAUGUGCGAUCGAGCAAAUAAACGGGUGAGCUUGAACUAAAAAAUGAAUGGGUCAGAGUUGACUUGUAUAGUGCUUGCAAGAAACUUCAUCUCUUUGGCAUGAAAAAUUACAUGACAGUACUAAUUCAAAAAUGUUUAAAAUUCCGCAAAAAUAUUUUUGUGCGUUCGAUUCCCACUGUGGUCAGGCAAACUUUUCAGCUUGCCCGGUGAAGGUCGGCGAGAGGCAACCACGGGCCACAGGACAAAUUGGUGAACAUGGCUCCCCUCCCCUCUCGCCGGCCUUGUACCCGGUGUGAAUGCACACUCAGAGUAACACCACAAAUAUUCCUCAAAAAUGUUUAAAAUUUCCUGACAAUGUUCCCUCACAGCUGUUUCAAUUACGAAUACAACACAUAAGAAACACAGAAAAGCCAUCAAUCAUAAUGCAUGGCCAAUUCUUAAAAUAAUCUGUUUGGCUAAUCUGCUUGGUGCGCUGCAAGAGUGACAAGUCGACAUGGCAAAACCGCCCAUCACUAAAAUCCUCACUUUCAGAAAUUUGAUCUCAACUUCACAGAUAAAUGAUAGGAGUCGACUUGUAGCAAGUCUACAAGAGCUUAGCAGUAACACAAACUACAAUUAAUCCUGAUAAUGAGGUGACAAUGCAAGCCAGCUGUGCUCUGUACAACAUCUCCUAUAAAAUUUCACAAGCUCCCCCCACCACCCACCCCCCACCCCCCUUGGCAAACUGUGUAUUUGAAUUGAAAGUCUGUACACAUAUUUAGCUGCAGGUACUCAAUUUACAUAUACGUUUUUUAUAAGUACUUAAUUUUAAGCCAUAGCCCAUAUGUCUCAAAAGCAGCUGUAUUUUUUUUCUUAUCUAAAAUUGAACGAGCCUACGAAUUAGCAUGAGAAAAAGCGUUUUAAAAAUUAACUGUAAGAUCUUGAAAAUAUACAAAAUUAUUCAAGUGACCCAUAUAUAUGUAUAUACUGUAUAUAUACAGGUAUAUAUAUGUAUCCAAUACAAACAGCAUUUUAAUAUAUGCUUCAGUAAUUUGAAAAAUAUGUUACUACGCUUACAGUAAAAUAUUUAUACCAGAAAAUAUUUAAACAACUUGAUCCUCGAGUGAUUUCUAAAAACCCUUAGAAAUCUGUUAUCAAAAGUAUAAUGACGAGCUAAGAAAUAAUUAAGAGAUGACGAGUUAUCAAAUUCGUUUAUCAAGUUUCAAAGGACCGGUAAAAGCGCCGGAAAGAGUCGUCUGAUGUUUUUCAGUAGAGAAGUGACGCUUAGUCAUGGCAAGUUAUAUCGGGCCAAGAACUCGCUAGCCAAACAAACAUUAAAGGUCUGACCUCAAAAAAUUCAAAAUACUCACAUUUUUGGCAAUUUUUUCUCUCUCUUCCCCAGCAAUAUUUAUGACCGGAUGACCCGUGACCACUCGGCGUAUGGCAAGAUUCCGAACACUUCGCAAAACAGUCCUUUGAAUUUCCGUUCAUAGCUAAUUUCUUCGCCGCUCCAUUGUGGACCAUCAACGACUCCCAACGCACACGAUCCAAAUAGCAUAACUUUGGAUUAAAUUCAAUCUUAACUCCCCCUUGUUUGAUUACAGUCAAGGAGUUUAACCCUAUAUUCUGAAGCCCUUCGUUUUGGUAAAUGACUAAAGCGUAUCCUUGAAAUAAGCUCUCGGCACGGCCAUGUAUUACAGCUAAAUUUGGUAAAAUAUCGCUUAGGCUCGUACCAUCCAUCAAAAAUGUCACAAUUAAGUGUCCUGUAAUUUCUCGAAGGUGUGGAAACCGCAAUUCCUUUCGCAAAUGUUCAUUUCGUUUACUAAACGAUAUUCCCUUCAGAUGCAAGCUUCCAAACACACUUGUACAAUUUCGUAAUUUGUCACAACCCAAACACCCAACGGAUCCUGAUCUAUCGUUUUUCUUUGAAUCAACUCUUGUUCCUACGGUUAUCACUUUGUCACGACACUCUGUUUAAUAGAAAAUACAUGGCAUAAGUCCCCUUACAUUAGACAUUUAAAAUUACGAGUGAAUAAUUUACGGCUGUGGCACGUACAGGCUACUUUACAUGAGACCAGACGAAGUCAGAACUGGGACGACUUCGUUGCAAUCAUAGUGUAUUUCUUUCUCAGAUCUGCUGAGGUCACCCCUUUCACUAGACCGAACUAUUCAGAGUGGGAUGAAAGCAAACACAAAGCAUUUUCUGAAUUUUGAGUAAGGCUGAUAAUAACAAAUGCAGACAAGAUUAAUGGCAACAUUGACUGCGAAUUUCGAAAUAGCCGCAACUUAAAGCGAUUUUCGACAUGAGCCUCAAGUAAACAUGCUUUAUAAUCUUGGUAUUCGCCCUGCUAUUGGUAUCGCUCGCAUGUGAGAACUAUACGUAACUAACGUAAGUCAACAUGGGGGUUUUUUGUUUGGGUAAUGAAUAUAAUAACAUCAUGCGGGCAUAGUCUUGUUCCGACUCACUAGCCAGUGAGACCACCGUGGCGAUGUUUAACUACAUGACCUUCAGAUCUACCAAAUACAUCCUGUGUCAGCCUCAAAUCCUAAUACAUAAAUAUCCCCAUUGGGGUUACAAAAUUACUCGCAGUAUAGCUUAAUCAGAAGCUUACUAAAUCAUAUAAUGAACGUUUAAACUGUUCCUUUGACCUGUUCUCAUACUAUAUGACCUUCAUGUAAAUUGUUUACUUGCCUUACAAUAUUUACACGCUCAAAAAAUCCAACCUAGGCGAGUGAUAUCAAUAUAUGUCUGUAAACUAAAGACACUGUUGGCUUACCUUUGUAUGGUAUUUCUGUGGGAUUUGCAUCUGUCUCUAUCACAAGAAAUAUAGCUCCCACAAGCAUGUAAACACUUGGACUGCUGUUAAUCCAGGCAAGCAUUAUUGCGUUUUAUAAUAAUUGAAUCGACGAACCCUUGUAAAUAUAUAACUUCGAACGUUCUAAUUGCCUCUUAGAACACAAAAGAGUGCAACAUUCUCGAUCGUAUUAUUUGAAAUCCAGUUUCACAGUCUGCAGUUAGAUUACCGAACGGCGAUAAAACACAUCUGAUAUAUAAACAAUGAGGUAUACUGAUUGUUUUUGAAAGUGUGAUAUCGCUAUGAUAAGCAGCAUUCUUGCGUGGACGUCCUCGCGUGUAAAACUUCCGGCGCCAUCGGCUAUAAACGUGACUUUUUAUUUAGUGUAAUACAAGUUUGUGCCCUCUGGUUUUUUGUCUGUGUUUUUUAUAUUACAGUCUAUAUUUGCUUGUAUUUCUAUUCUGUUCAGGCCCGUAGCUGAGGGGGGAGGUGGGGGGCAAAAUUAAAAUUAUGCCCCCCCCCCCUUAUUCCACAUUUUUUGCCAUGAUAUACAGUGCUACAGCGACCGUAGAAGAUUAAUACUUGAGGCUCAUAGUCAUACUCAAUUUUUGUAUGAAAAUAGAUUGCUUGUGGCCUAAACUAAAUAACCUCAUAGGCGUAGAGUAUGGGGGGGCUUUGGAGCUCGAGCCCCUCCAGAAAUCUUACACCGGGGGCUUAGCCCCUGCAGACGUUUUGCAGAACUAAUAGCUGUUAAUGUUGUUAUUUUUUUGAGGGGGCUAAGUACCGAAAUUUGUUAUGAAAAAUUGAGAAAAAGUACCUGGAAAGCAAUUGCAACGUACUCGUCCGGAAAAUAUUUUUACCUAAAAAGUUGUCGACGGUGGGGGUGUCGAGUCAGAAUCAUCCCAACCCCUCUGUUACAUUCUUUCUGCAGUGCCCCUCCCCCCAGAAAUUGAGAGCCAGCUACGGGCUUGACUCUGUUUAAUUAAUAUAUCAUUAUUAUUAUUGAGUAUUUCUAGGUCAGUGAGUCUGGUUUCAAUGACGGGUAUAUCACUUAAUUGUGGUAAAAAUCAUGUUGAAUUUUAAUAGUCAUAGGAGUUUCUGUCACAGUACUUAUCAUUUACGCCGUUGUGAAAAAAUAUUUGAUUUAUAUGUUGCAAAAAAUUACUUGAUUAUGCUUAAUUUAACACAGCUCAAAUAUUAACAUCCUGAGACAACAUUAAUUUCAACAAAAUGCGAUGUUUAAUUUAAUGUCUUUAAUAUUUACAUAGCUUGGAAAUUUAAAGUUUAUAGGAGGGCUGAAAUUGCACUGUCUGGCAACGAAUUCAAGUCACUUGAGCGACAAAAAUGCUGCAAAAAAGUGCUACCAGUGCUAACUCCCCUACUAUGAAGGAAUAUUUCAUUAUUCAGCACAAUGAUCGUAAUGUUCGUCCGAGUUUGUUCAACUUUUAUGGAACGACCAAGAAUCUUCCUGCAGUUUUACUGUUUUACUCUGUCAUAAUUUUGGGGGGCUUAGCCCCUCACCUUUACUUCUGGGAGGGAUCGAUAUUGAGAUUUUUUCGGCAUUAAUUUGUCUGGGGACAAAAACACACUAAAGCCCGCGGUCGCUCUUGCAUACAGUUCCCCUGUCAGUCCUGUCAGGUUACCGGAUGCAGGGGUAGACUGACAGCCUUGGUCCGGAAUAAAAUUCGGCGCCAUUAAUUACAUCAGGGAGGGGACUUAAGCUUCGAGAACAUUCACUUACCAAGAUACGCCGACACUAUGAUUUUCCGUCGGAAAGUUAUUAUCAGUCAGAUUGAAUUCAAUGAGUCCCGGCCUCUCUCUCGUUGUACGAUGCUAAGCAAUAGAGACCAUACGAUGUAGGAGGGCAACGUAACGACGGAGGCUAUUCAAAUACAUUGAGAUUUAUAACAUUUAAGAACAAAAGUGAACAAUUAAUAUCCCACGGGAGUUUGAGACGUCAUCCACGGUCUGUUUACAACGGGAAACUACAGACUUUUACGUCUUGGAUAAAACGCCUGCAUUUCAAGACGCGAGAUUGCUGAAGGGAUACUCAGCAAAUUAGCUCAGCACUACAGUGGAACUUUCGCAACAAUAAAGCCACCAUUUUAAGCUAUCCAAACAGUUUUAAACUGAUACGAUCAAUAAUAGUCUACAAAUUUUCUUUACAAUCGUUUAUUUGAAUGAUUUUAGUUUCUGGCCGUUAUUUUUGCGUUGCCGUACUACAUCGUACUACUAAAGGCGCAGCCUCGUUCCCAGUGUCUUAAUUACUUUACAAAAAUUGCUCUGUGGCUGUUCUUAAAGUUUUUCACUCUGAAAUGCCCAACUACAACUGUCUUUAUAUGUACUAUUUAAAAAACGAACAGGAGUGUUUUAUUAGGUUUAAAGUCACGAGCGCCGCGCAGCGCGAGUGGCUUUCGACCUAAUAAAACACGACCUGCGAGUUUUUUAAAUGGCUUCAAAAACGUUUGCAUAAUAAGUCAAAUCUUUAUAUAAAAAUCUUUAUAUAAAAAUCUUUAUAUAAAAAUCUUUAUAUAAAAAUCUUUAUAUAGUUUGCAUAACAAUGGUCUUUUGUUAAAGUGUUCUUUAGCUGGUAUAAAGACGUGUGCACGUGACUAAUUUCUUACUCAAGAUUGGAUAAUUGCUUCAUGAAUUAUUAAUGAGUUUUUGAAUUAUAUUUAUGAUGUUAUAUUGGUUUUCUAAUUCCCAUUUUUGCGUCGUUCAUUCCGAGGUCCCAGUUGUAGUGUUUUGACAUUUGAAGUUUAAGGAAGCAAGAAACUAAAAGUGGAAACAUCAUUUAAGUGAUUGCAAAGCAUCACGGGAGUUGUAUUGCAUGUGGACCGUAAUUGGGCUAUGUAGUUUUGUGUUUAAAAAGUAAAAAGAAAAGCAAUAAAAUAAGGCAAUCGAGCGGUAAACUAGGUGGAAUAGUACAUUGGCGACGAGGAUGGUGAUUUUUUCUGUGUCGGUGAGGAGUUUCCUGUUAUUUUGUGUACGUUUGGUGUGAUUCUUUCGAAAGGAUAUGUCGGACAACGAAGCCGUCGAAGGGCCAGGAGCUAGUGCUAGUCAACAAAGUUCUAGCCAAGAAUCGGCUCAAUUUAAGGCAACUGAAAUUAAUGGUCUUCCUUGCUUUAACCCCAGGGAUGACCCGAAUAUAUGUACUAAAACUGUCUGUACCAGUGUGGGUAGUACCAAUGUAGAAAUGCUGUGCUGAGUGGUUUAUAGAAGGCCAUUCGUCAAGAGUUAGGAGCAGGGCCUUGACGACAAGAGUUAGUAGCAGGGUCUUGACGAAGGGCCUUCGCUCGAAACGUCGAGUUUCUGCUUAUUUUUUAAGCUAGUACCAUGACCCGAAUACUCUGUCUAUUCGUUGGAAACGUUGGAAGCGAUCAUUUAACUUAUAUUUACGGGCAAAAGGGAUCACAAUGGACUCGCAAAAGGUAGCACUGCUGUUGCAUACUGGUGGCGCUGAUUUUCAAGAAUUAUAUUACACAUUGGUACCUGAGAAUGAGGGAAAGGGCUUGAAGGAAAAUUUUGAAGUGUUGGAUAAUUAUUUUGUGCCAAAAGUGAACGUUCCUUUCGAGAGACACUUGUUUAGGCAAAUGUGUCAAGUUGCAGGGGAGACAGUGGAUCAAUUUGUUUGUCGGUUGAGAAAGAAAGCUCUCACAUACGAGUUUGCAGAUGUUGACGAGACAAUAAGAGACCAGCUUAUUGAAAAAUGUAGAAAUGUUAAACUUCGUCGGACGUUUUUGGAGAAAAUCAAUGUAAGUUUGAAAAAUUUGCAGGAUAUUGCAAGAGCACAUGAAGCGGUUGAAAUUCAGAUGAGAUCUUUGGAGCAGUCUGAUUCACAACAAUCAGAGGACGGUCAAGUAAAUGCAGUCGGUCAGUUUGGCAAGAAAAACCAGAGAGGAAACAAAGAUGGUGUUCAUGGAAACAACACAAGUGGUCGAUAUGGUAGGGGAACAUUGGUCAAAAAACUGGAACUGAUCAAAGGUCCUUCAAGUGUAACCGUGGGUGUCAUUUUGCUCGGGAUACUAUCUGCCCAGCUAGAGAUCAGAGGUGCAAUGAAUGUGGAAUUCAUGGGCAUUUUUCUGCGUGCUGCAGGAAAAAUAAUAGUAAGAUACCACAAGGACGGAAUCAAGAAGAAGAUGAGAGCAGAAAGAAGAAAGUGUAUCAGGUAGAUGAUGAAAAGAAUCCAAGAACCAUGGAAGACUAUGCAUUUGUUGUAGGAGAAAACAGAACAGGUUGGGGAGAUUACUCUUAUGAUUGGUAGAGUCCAGCUGGAUGGCGUACUUAUUGACUCUGGUGCUUCAUGUAAUUUGGUUGAUUAUGAAACGUGGAGUAAUUUGAAGAAGAAGAAUAUUGAUUGCCAGUCAACAAAGUCUGAGAAGAAGCUGUUUGCUUAUGGCCAGAAAGAACCUACUGAAGUUGCUGGGACAUUUGUUGCUGAAAUUGUAUGCAAGGCUAGUGGUGCGAAAUCCAUAGAGUAGUUCACAGUAAUAAAGGUAGCCUGCGUAGCCGGCGUUUAGCUGACGGGCGGGAACUGAGGGAACGCCUGCCCAAAUGGCAAUGACAAAUUUGUUUUCGCCCAUUAAGGAUGAUUGACGUUUUGUAAUUAGCACCUUCACCCCAUUAUCCAAUCAUACUCGAGAUUUAUAUUUAGCAUCAUGCAUGCUUUUUGCUCGGCAACUGCGGAGACUUGGCAGAGAUUUUAUGCACUAUUUAAAACACGAGCAGGAGUGUUUUAUCAGAUAUAUUAAAAGAUGGUCUGAUUAAACACGCACUGCAAAUGUUUUAAAUUGCUUCAAAAACGAUCGAUCUAGUAUACGUUCAUUGGCGAAGUAGCUUUCAAAAAAUUCGGUGUGUAUAUGUAGAGAAAAUCAUUAAAAUUUAUGUAAAUCAAGGACAAGGGAAUCUCUAUCACAUAUCAAGGAUACGACACGUUUAUGAUUUUUCUUUGUGUUUUCCUCAUGAAUUAUUAAUGAGUUUUUGAAGCUAUUUUAGACAACAGUCAGUCACAACGUGCACAGAGCUUUUAACGUAUUCUGCCGUAUUGCAAAUAUAACAUUUCACAUUUGAGCAUGUUUUGAAAUGUUAUUCUUAAAAUCAUCAUCCAACCUCAUAGCUGCAAUGCCAAGUGAUAUAGCCUCAACUAUCUGGUCUUGAAUUAUACUUUAAAGUGAACAAAUAACAAGACAACUAUAUUAAUUAAAGAAAUAUUCAGGAUAUAUUUAAAAUCACUAUGUAUAAUUGAAAGAUCAAACUUUUCCGUAUUCCUUAGGAAGAAUCGCGAUAACCGGCGUCUUCACCACGUAGCAAAUUAAUAAUAUACUUUCUCUGUUCUGGUUCAACUGAAUUUCGAAGCCUAAAUACUUGACAUAUAAGAAAGUUUCCUCGAAAGCAUUAACAGGCGGCAUAUUUUUGAUACGCGACUAUUAACGCGUCAACGCAAGCAAAAUUAUUGUUGACAUUUGAGUUACGUAAUUACUUCCGUUAACGAGAUUAACCAAUGGGAAGCUUUUCCGAAGAUUCUUCGGAGAAGAACAAAUUAAUCAUAGGCAUUUGGGCAGGCGUUCAUUUAACGAUGCCUUUUCUUCUCCCGCCCGCACUAAACGCCUGCUACGCAGGCUAUAAUAAAGGGCGCCGGGAAACCUUUGCUUGGAAAGAGUACUGCGGAGAAGCUUAAAGUGUUGCAUGUUGGUCCUUUUUAUGGUGCUCAAGUUUGUUCAACUGCAAUGGAAGGAAGUGAUACGGAUAUUCGUAAGGAGUAUGCAGAUACAUUUGUUGGAGUUGGAAAGCUGAAAAAUUAUCAAUUGAAACUGCACAUCAACAAGGAUGUAAAACCAGUGGCACAAGGGGUUCGAAGGCUUCCAUUUGGUUUGCGAGGUAAAGUGGAUGAAAAAUUGGAUGACUUGCUGGCGAAAGAUAUCAUCGAGGAAGUACCGAACAGUCCAACAGAGUGGGUCUCACCUUUGGUGGUGGUGGUGCCAAAACCGGACGGUGAUGUGAAGGUAUGUAUCGAUAUGCGUAAGGCGAAUGAGGCGAUAGCGCGGGAAAGACACCCCAGCCAUUCCAACAAUUGAGGAAAUUUUGUAUGACCCUCAAUGGUGCAACCAUUUUCAGCAAGCUUGAUUUGAAAUGGGGGUUUCACCAGAUUGAGCUAGAGGAACAAUCUCGUGAUAUUACGACCUUUGUAACCCAUCGGGGGUUAUACAGGUACAAGCGGCUGAUGUUUGGCAUAACAUCUGCCCCCGAGAAGUACCAGAAGAUUAUAUCUGACGUCAUACAGGGUUGUAAUGGAGUAGCUAAUAUUGCUGAUGAUUUGAUUGUUUACGGAUGUGACCUUCAGGAGCAUGAUAGGAAUUUGCAUGCGGUCCUCCAACGUUUAAGAGAUAGCGGCAUGACCCUGAAUGGUGAUAAGUGCCAGUUCAGACUCCCUAAAUUGACAUUUUUCGGACAUGAAUUAAGCAACCAGGGGGUAACACCAAGCGAGGAAAAGAUUGCAGCGGUUGUGAAUGCGAGAGCACCAAGGAACACUUCUGAAGUUCGAUCGUUUGUUCAGCUUGUACAAUAUUCAUCCAAGUUUAUACCUAAUUUUUCCCAAGAAGCCGAACCGUUACGCAAGCUGCUGCGAAAGGAACACUCUUUUGUUUGAGGAAUUGAACAACAGAAAGCAUUCGAGAAGCUUAAGCAGCUCAUGUCAACAAGUAAAGCCCUUGCUUAUUUUUGGAACGAGUGUAAAACCAGGAUUGUAGCUGAUGCGGGUCCAGAAGGUUUGGGCGCAGUAUUACUGCAGCUGCUUGGGGAAGAGUGGAGAGCGGUUUCGUAUGCGUCAAGGAAUCUGACCGAAGUGGAGAGACGCUAUGCCCAGACUGAAAAAGAGGCAUUGGCUCUUGUCUGGGCAUGCGAAAGAUUCAACCUUUAUGUGUACGGUCGUGAAUUUGAAUUGGAAACAGACCAUAAACCGUUACAAUGCAUUUUUGGGAAGUCGUCGAAGCCAUCAGCAAGGAUUGAGCGUUGGGUCCUCCGUUUACAGUGCCAUCAUUAUAACGUUGUCUACCGCCCUGGUAACACGAAUAUCGCAGACGCGUUGUCGAGGCUGAAUCAACCAAAGCCUAAGGAUCUUAGUAGAGAAACGGAGGAGGUGAUACGGCUUGUGGUACAAGAAAGAACACCGGUAGCCUUGACACCAAGAGAAAUCGAAAGAAAGUCGGAUAAAGAUCCGGAAUUGUCAAGUGUACGUCACUAUAUUGAAACGGGCGACUGGUCACAUUGUAAGAUGCCAAGUUAUCUUUGUGUAAAGAAUGAACUGUGUGUGAUUGGAAAGCUCUUGCUUCGCGGAGACAGAAUUGUAAUACCUCAAAGUCUACGAGAAAAAGUCCUAAAGUCCGCCCAUGAGGGGCAACAGGGCAUCGUAAAAACAAAAGGUCUUUUGAGAACAAAGGUAUGGUGGCCAAACAAAAUUAGAUGCUGAUGCUGAGAAAAUGUGCAAAUCGUGUCGUGGAUGCCAAGUUGCGGGGCAAUUCAGUGUUAGAACCUAUGAUGAGAACCGAACCACCUAUGAGGCCUUGGCAAGACAUUGCGAUAGACCUGAUGGGUCCGAUACCCACAGGAGAAAGUUUGUUAGUAACGGUGGAUUACUAUAGUAGGUUCUAUGAAGUCGUUGUUAUGCGCUCAGAAACAACUCAAAGGGUGAUUGCUGCCCUGUCUGAUAUCUUUGCGAGAUUUGGUUUUCCACAUUCUCUAGAGUCGGAUAAUUGUCCUCAAUUUGUGUCUGAAGAAUUUCGAAGAUACCUGCGGGAAAAUGGAAUAGAACAUAGAAAAUCCCCACCACUAUGGCCUCUGGCAAAUGGAGAAGUGGAGCGGCAAAAUGGAACACUUUUGAAAACCUUGAAAGUAGCAAAAGCAGAAGGAAAGAAGUGGCAAGAAGAAUUACCAAAAUUCCUCUUAGCAUAUCGCAGCACACCACAGGUUAACACUGGAGCUACACCAGCAUAUUUGAUGUUCGGGAGAGAAUUGAAGACGAAACUUCCUGAGUUAAGGCGCCAAGACAGCAUCCUAAAUCAAGCAAUAAAAGAGCAUGAUUGGAGCCAGAAACUGAACCAGAAAGCUUACGCUGAUUACAAGAACAAAGCCUCUACUAAUCCAGUAGCGCCUGGUGAUCAAGUUUUGUUAAAGAAUACUAAAACAACCGAAAAGUUGGCUCCUAAUUACGAGAACGAGCCAUAUACAGUGGUGACAAAAGAGGGACAUCAACUUAUGCUUCAAUCAAAGGAUGGAGAAGUAUACCGAACGGACAGUUCAUUUGUGAAACCGUCUUGGAUUUUUCCAAGUGCUAGUGCCGGAGCAAAUUAGUGUUGAUUUAAGUAAAAAACCUGACACUGUCACAGAAUAUGGCAGACCUAAACGUGUCAUUAGGCUACCCAAUAAACUGAAAGAUUAUAUCGUGGAGAAGACGACAAAAUAAACUCUGUACACUACAGUAGGUCGUGUAGACGAUUUUUGGUAUUACAGCACAAUGAACAGGAAUAAUAUCUGUUAUGGAUCUAACAUUGACAUUGUUUACUUUGAACUUUUAAAAUUUGAACAUUUAAUGAUUUAUAUUUAGGAAGCAAGCAACUAAAAGUAGAAACAUCAUAUAAGUGAUUGCAAAGCAUCACGGGAGUUGUAUUGUAUGUGGACUAUACAUAAUUGGGCUAUGUAGUUUUGUGUUUAAAAAGUAAAAAGAAAAGCAAUAAAAUAAGGCAAUCGAGCGGUAAACGAGGUGGAAUAGUACACCAGUAACAGCCAGAUCCCAUUUUCCCAGUCCAGAAAUAUAUAGGCAAAUCCCACUUCACCCAUCAGGACCCUCUAUAUUAGACCGCAAUUGUAUUAGAAAUAUCUUGCUGAGAUCGCUUGGUUUUCAAAAGGUCAAUUGUAUGAACAAUGUUUUGCAUUAAAAAUUUACUUUAAAUUAUAAAGUAUAAUUUACUUAGUUUCCUUUAUGUAUUUUUAUGUAUUUGGGGGUGGUUUUACUUAGUUUGGUAUAAUUAUAUAAAAACAUCAUGAGAAUAAUGGCAAAGCGGGAUCAUAUAAACAGCCCCUUAUUCAGGAAAUUGUGCAUGGUGGCUUUGAUCUCUUGAGGUCAGGCAGCACUUUCCUUGCGAUAGUAACUUCUAGUAUUGAAAUAUCUUGCUGAGAUCGCUAGGAGCCUAGGUUCAGUUUUGACAAAUGUCAGUUGUUGUAUAAUAUACGAUGUUUCUCAUUUUAAUGAAAAUGACGUAAAUGCACGUUGCCAGAACGGAAGUUCACCCCAGCAGACUUGACCUAUUUGAAAUUCCUGAUGUCACGAAUACAACGAAUAUUUACCACGUUUUUCUUUCAUUUUCCUAUAUUUUUCUCAUUCAAGUAGCUAUAUUGAUAUUCAAAAUGGUUUCAUUGUCUUUUAAUUGAACUUGCCUGUGCCACGGUAUAAUAUUCGAGGUAUAAAUGUCUUUGUUUUUGGUUUUUCACUUCCGUAACUGAUCAAGAAAUUGCCGUCACAAAAACAACUGUUCAGUGAUAAUUGAAAUUUGUGACGCCGGUAUUUCAUGAUCACCGUCGUCAAAUCCGAGCAUAUGCUCAGUGAAGUCUGUGAAAAUGACCAACAAUAUUUAGAUAUAUAGAGUGGCAUGGUUGUAUUCUUAUGUUUCCUGACUAAAAUGUUCAGCUGUAUUUAUACUGCUUAACGUGGAAAUAUUUUGGAUUUAGUGAUUUUAUAAUUUUCAGCAAGGUUUAGACGCUAUCUGCAUGUGGAAACGAUCAUGCGUCAUCAUUAGUUUCCUAUCCAAUGUUGUUAGGCCCAUGGCUGCAGUGAAUGACAUCCUGUGACGUUUAUACUAGUAUCGUUGCCUCAUCAUAAUUAUGGCACACGUCUGUUCAGGGACGUAGGCACUUAGCGACUUGGGGGUGCGGGGGUGUAACACCCACGCACCCCCAACUGUGAAAGUCAGGUAAAAUUGAAGUUUAAUUAAAUUUUGACAUUUUCAAGUAAACUUUGCGUAAUAAGCUCGUUAUUAAUUUUUGUGAAAUGAUAAUCAUUUUCGUAAAAUACAGUCAAUUUAGAUCCUAUUCGUUUGCGAAUUUGCUUUAGAAAACGCAAGAAAUGCAGUCCUGGAGCUUCAAAAAUGUAAACAUUUUCUGGGGAGUGAAACUAGUAUGACAGUACAGUGCCAAAUCAGUCAGGAAAAGCUCUGAUAAUUAUUACACUACAAGUAAAUUUUUAGCAUUGAAGUUCAAAUUUCAG